AUGAAGAGCGGUCUGGCAUUACCCAGGCGAGUGCUGUCGGUGAGGUCCCCGAAGCAGAGACUGGGAUCCGCCGCGUGUCGCGCAUAUCAUGACGAAUCGUUCGGGUUUCGCAAACCACGCGAAUACGACUUUCCAGACUAUACCGAGGUACAGCUCAACAACCGCGCGAAAAACUCCCCACUUCUUCGUUAUGUCGAUUCCAUGCGUACGCAUAGCCAUCGCGCCGCCCGCAUCGACCCUCUGGAUCUCAUCCAUCGAGAAGAAGUCGCCGCACUCUUUCCGGAGAGAUACGGUUUGAAUGAUGAUGACAAAGUAUACGACGUCAAUGGUAUUAUAUGGACGAAACGCGUCGGGGAGGCAGGCGAAGGUGAAGAGUUGUGGAAUCUAAAGCAAAUCAGGGAGCACUUGAGGAAGGUUUAUGUUGGGAAUAUUGCAUAUGAGUUCAUGCAUUCGCCUUCGAAAACUGAGCGACUGUGGUUCUCGCACCUCCUGGAGUCCCAAUCUUUACCCUCCCCAGAAGACACGCCAUUAGUUCAAAUGGAUAUCACGAAAAAGAAGCGCAUUCAUGAACUAUUGGCACGAAGUGAGGUCUUCGACAACUUUCUGCAACUAAAGUUCCCCAAUUUGAAACGUUAUGGGCUUGAAGGGGGAGAGUCCAUGCUCCCUGCUCUUGACUCUCUCUUUUCAGCUGCUUCCCUGGCCGGCGUACACCACGUUAUUCUUGCUAUGCCACAUAGAGGUAGACUCAACCUCCUCACCGACAUCCUCCAAUACUCCCCCGCAGCCUUGUUCCAUAAAAUCAAGGGUGGGUACGAAAUUCCGGAAGACCUGGGUGCGGAAGGAGACGUAUUGAGUCAUUUGGUUUCGUCGCCCUCAUUGUCAUACCCUGGUGCAUCUCACCCAAUCAAGGUCUCUCUUUUGCCUAAUCCUUCGCAUCUCGAGGCUGUCAACUCCGUCGCUAUGGGCAAAACUCGUGCUAAACAGUACUCCCUCCUGAAGACAUCGCCGGAUGACUGCAAGUUGGGCGACAAAGUGAUGUGUGUCCAACUUCAUGGAGAUGCUAGUUUCACUGGACAAGGUGUCGUCAUGGAGAGUCUGGGUCUCAGCAAUUUGCCCCACUUCACCAGUGGAGGAAGUGUGCAUUUGGUUGUUGACAUCGGAUAUACUACCCCGGCUUCUAACGCUCGUUCAUCCCUGUAUUGCUCUGACAUUGGAAAAAUGAUAAACGCUCCCGUUUUGCAUGUCAAUGGUGAUCACCCCGAAGAUGUGGCAAAGGCCAUGGAUAUUGCGUUCAGGUAUAGGAACUACUUCAGAAAGGAUAUCAUCGUAGAUUUGUUGGUGUAUAGACGAUGCAUCACCAGCCCCUUGAUGUACGAAAAGAUCGCUGCACGGAAAUCUGUACCUCAACUUUACGAACAAAAGCUUGUCGCGGAAGAAGUUUUGACUUUGGAAGAUAUCAACGCUGUCCGAACUUCGUACAAGUCUCAGCUGGAGGCGGAGCUCGCACGGGUUCCAACUUACGUCCCGUCUGCUUCGAUGCUGGAGGAACAAUGGUCGGGCAUUGUAUGGCCAGCGACCCCAGAGGCACAGCAUAACCCUGUCACAGGCGUUGAGAGGGAUGUCCUUGAGAAGAUUGGCAAGGCCAGCGUUGCUGUACCCGAAGGAUUCCAAAUUCAUCCCAAACUGCAUCGACAUGUUAAGAAUCGCUUGCAGAGCGUCACCACUGGGAAGGGAAUUGACUUCGCUACCGCUGAGGCCCUGGCAUUUGGCUCCCUCUUGCUAGAGGGCAAUGAUGUUCGAAUCUCAGGACAGGACGUGGGUCGAGGCACGUUCAGCCACCGGCAUGCAAUGCUCGUUAAUCAACAGAAUGAGGGUGUCAUCGUCCCGCUCAAUGAUGAGUUGAAAGCAGAUGGUAAACUGGAGCUUGCGAACAGUUCGCUGAGUGAGAUGGCAGUACUUGGUUUCGAAUAUGGUGCCAGCUGGGAAAGACCAAAUCUGCUGCCAAUUUGGGAAGCACAAUUCGGAGAUUUCUUCAAUGGGGCACAAAUUAUCAUUGAUACAUUCAUCUCCUCCUCUGAAACUAAAUGGCUGAAGCAAAGUGCGAUGGUUCUCAUGCUCCCACAUGGACUUGACGGGGCAGGUCCAGAGCAUUCUUCCUCAAGAUUGGAAAGAAUGCUCCAGCUAACCAACGAUCGAUAUGAUUACAACUCGGAGCCUAACAACAUCAACAUGCACGUUACUUUCCCGACUACGCCAGCACAGUACUUCCAUCUACUCAGGAGACAAAUUUGUCGUAACUAUAGGAAACCUCUUGUCAUCGCUGGGCCAAAGGGUCUUCUCCGCCUCUCGGCUGCGGCAUCAACGAUGGAAGAUAUGGAGUCCGGAACCCAGUUCAAGCCUGUCAUCGCUGACCCCGUAGCUCACCCGGUGAAAGUGAAAAAACUCGUCAUGCUCUCCGGGAAAAUAUAUUAUGACCUGAUAAAGGAACGACAAGCACGGGGCUUGGAUGAUAGUGUUGCGUUCAUACGCAUUGAAGAACUUGCCCCAUUCCCCUUUGAGCAGCUGGAAGAAGUAUUGGAGCAGUAUCCAAACGUUGAGACUUACAGCUGGUUGCAGGAAGAGCCUAGAAACCAAGGCGCGUUUGCGCAUGUUUCAGGGAGGAUAGCCUCAGUGCUUAGGAAGAUGGGUAAAGGGAAUGAAGAACUAGUGUAUUUGGGAAGAAAGGAGAGUGCCUUGCCUGCUCCUGGAGUUGGAAAGUUGUACCAAGUCCAGCAGAGGCAGGUGUUGGAGUCUCCGUUUGUCGGUCUGUAA